AGUACAACAGCUGAUCGUCAAACGUGCGUUUGUAAACGUUUAAGAAAAUACAUAAUUUUGUUCUUGAAGAACUUUGUAAACAUAUUAAGAACCAAUCUUUUUAUUAAUUUGCGGAUUGUUUAAAUAAAAAACUGUCAAAAUGUCUUAUAUGCUACCACAUUUACACAAUGGCUGGCAAGUCGAUCAGGCCAUCCUGUCCGAGGAAGAUCGCGUAGUGGUUAUUCGUUUUGGCCACGAUUGGGACCCCGCUUGCAUGAAAAUGGACGAAGUAAUGUACAGCAUAGCGGAGAAAGUGAAAAACUUCGCUGUAAUUUACUUGGUGGACAUCACUGAGGUGCCCGAUUUUAAUAAGAUGUACGAAUUAUACGAUCCCUGCACCGUAAUGUUUUUCUUCCGCAAUAAACAUAUCAUGAUUGAUUUGGGAACUGGUAAUAACAACAAAAUUAAUUGGCCGCUUGAGGAUAAGCAAGAAAUGAUCGAUAUUGUGGAGACAGUAUAUCGUGGUGCACGCAAAGGUCGUGGUCUAGUGGUAUCGCCAAAAGACUAUUCUACAAAAUAUAGAUAUUAAAUUGAUUAAUAUAAUUAAGCCGCCAAACAUCGCAUUCAUCCAACUCAUCUCAUCUAUCAACUAACUAGUUUUAUUUAAUUAAAAAAAAAUGACAUAAAUGAAAAAAAAAACAAAUUUUUUUGCGAAAUUUUUAUACAAGUGUGUGUGUGUCAAAUGUUUGCAUUGCCAGAAUUUUUGCAAGUUUGCGUUGAUUGAUUUAAUUGAGUGUGCCUGCUAAAAAGAAAUUUCAAGUUUUCGCAAGGCGCGUAAAUUAUCUUCCAACUCAGUGAAAUGUGCCAGCGGCGCUUCGGAAUCACCACCACAUGCCAACAAAGGCAAACGAAGUCACAAUAGUGAUAUACGUGUGUAUGUGUAUAAGCAACUGUGCUGGUGUGUUUGUGUGUUUUCAUACAAAUGCGCGCAAGCAGUCAACCGAACUUGUUCGCAACAAGUACGAAUGCGCACAAAGCCACCUACAGUCACUCACCUAUGCACACACACACAUAUACAGCCAUCAUUUCCAAAGAGCAGCAUUUAUUGUGCAACAACAAACACAACACUGCUGCCUUAAAAAUAAACUUUUACUUGACGGCGAAAGUUUAUACAAAGCGCAAUCUGCGUUAGUAAAUAGUACGCGGUAUUACAUGGCGUAUACGUUACUUCGACUAAGUACGCGUAACAAGUUGAAAUGUUUACAAUAUUACAAUGCUAUAACAUAUUUAUAUAUUUUGAUAUAAUUGAAAAAAAUGUGGAUUAAUUUUUGACAACUCAAUGACAUAAAUAAUUUUCAAUAUUCAAAUGCUCAUUUGAAAUCAAAAAAAAAACAAGCGAAAUUACGCCAUUGUUUCGUUCCGGAUGCAGAGAUCAAGUAUUAUGAGAAAACAAACUAAUUUUGGGACUGGCGUCAGCUGUUGAUGACACAGGAUUGUAAUUUAAUUGUAUGAAUAACAGCAGUGCCAAAAGUAAAUCGACCUACGCUAAAAUUUUCAUACGAAUCACAUAAGCUGUGGUAGUUGGCAAUUCGCUGUAACAGAAUUUGACCGGUUGAGAGUCUUUGGCAACGCACCAGGGAACAUGUGUGUAAUUUGACAUUUCUGCUUGUUAUGUUAAUGUGAUAUGCAGUUGGAAAUUGUGUGGUAAAAAACCAAAUAAAGUUUAUUCAUAAUUUAAUUGUUAUUAACUAUAUUAAUACCACAAUGAAGCCAAAAAAGAAGUUGGGAGUUGGUUUGAGUCGCGAAGAACGCAGUGUUAUAGUCAUUGGUGAAAUCAUUCAGGAAUUGCUGAAAGCACAUGAAGAAAAAAAAGAUGUAAAUUUAAAUCGUCUAAAAGCACGCAUUUCCUCAAAGUAUGGAUUGGAAAGCUCACCACGACUAGUAGACAUCAUUGCCGCUGUGCCACAAGAAGCAAAGAAAGUCUUGUUGCCAAAACUACGGGCCAAACCUAUACGUACAGCCAGUGGUAUCGCUGUAGUAGCCGUCAUGUGCAAGCCGCAUCGCUGUCCUCACAUUAAUAUGACCGGUAACAUAUGUGUAUACUGUCCGGGCGGGCCAGAUAGUGAUUUCGAAUAUUCAACCCAAUCAUACACCGGUUAUGAACCAACUUCUAUGCGCGCUAUACGUGCACGUUACAAUCCAUUUCUACAAACGCGCCAUCGUGUUGAACAAUUGAAGCAACUUGGACAUUCAGUAGAUAAAGUGGAAUUUAUUGUAAUGGGCGGCACCUUUAUGAGCUUGGAUGAAAAGUAUCGCAACAACUUCAUAAUGAAACUACAUGAUGCACUCAGUGGACACACCAGUCGUGAUCUUAAGGAAGCUGUACGUUAUUCAGAGAUUUCGCACACUAAAUGCAUUGGUAUUACCAUUGAAACGCGUCCAGAUUAUUGUCUUAAGCGUCAUAUUACUGACAUGUUGAACUAUGGUUGCACACGUUUGGAAAUUGGCGUACAAUCUGUGUAUGAGGAUGUAGCGCGCGAUACAAAUCGUGGUCACACCGUAAAGGCUGUGUGCGAGAGUUUUAAAUUGGGCAAAGAUUCUGGUUAUAAAAUUGUGGCGCAUAUGAUGCCUGAUCUACCAAAUGUAGAUUUUGAACGUGAUCUGGAGCAGUUUAUUGAGUACUUUGAAAAUCCUGCCUUCCGCUCCGAUGGCUUAAAAAUUUAUCCAACGCUUGUUAUUCGCGGCACUGGUCUCUAUGAGUUGUGGAAGACUGGUCGCUAUAAGUCAUAUCCACCAUCGAUGUUGGUCGAUUUAGUGGCAAAGAUAUUGGCUUUAGUGCCGCCAUGGACGCGCGUCUAUCGUGUACAACGCGAUAUACCAAUGCCGCUUGUUAGUUCCGGUGUUGAGCACGGAAAUUUGCGUGAAUUGGCGCUAGCGCGUAUGAAGGAUUGGGGUACUGAGUGUCGUGACGUGCGUACACGGGAAGUUGGCAUACAAGAAAUACACAAUAAAGUGCGCCCAUAUGAAAUCGAAUUGAUACGCCGUGACUACUAUGCUAACGGUGGUUGGGAGACUUUCCUCUCUUACGAAGAUCCGGAGCAAGACAUACUUGUGGGACUGUUGCGCCUGCGCAAAUGUUCAGCAGAUACGUUCCAAAAAGAAUUAACCCAAGUGGGACAAUGUUCCAUUGUGCGCGAAUUGCAUGUGUAUGGCUCGGUGGUGCCCGUAAGUUCUAGAGAUCCAACCAAGUUUCAGCAUCAGGGUUUUGGCAUGUUGUUAAUGGAAGAGGCAGAACGUAUAGCAAAAGAGGAGCAUGGUAGCGUGAAGUUGGCUGUUAUUUCUGGGGUUGGUACACGCGCAUAUUAUCGUAAACUGGGCUAUGAGUUGGACGGCCCUUAUAUGUCUAAGUUGUUACCGGAUGAGGAAUGGAUUGUGUAAUUAUUUUCAUGUUUUUUUACAGUCACGUGUCCUAUACGACGUUAAACUUGCUAUAAAUAUUUUUAAAUAAAGUGCUACUAAACAAACUAUCAAUUG